CAUCUUACCAUCAUCAUCAUCAAUCAUCGACCAUCAACCAUCCGUCAUCAACCAACAUGAGCUCAACAAAUUCAAGUCCAAAUCAAUCACAUUUCAAUAAAAUCAAACCAUCUUCAUCAUCGGUUCCUACUGUUUCAACUACUUCAGCUCAAGCUACUUUCUCUCCUACGAAUGAAAAAACUCCUAAUACUCCCACAAAUCAAUCUCAUGAAAGAAGCCGAUCUUUCAAUAUGAGAGAUGCACUCAAUCUACCCGAUGAACCACCUCCUGGUCCUGGUCCACUUCAUACUGCAGCUCAACAUGGUGAUCUGGCCACUUUAACAGAAAUCAUUGAAAGUGGUACUGAAUCAGUUACAGAUGUAGAUGAUCAACAAAUCACUGCUUUACAUUGGGCUGCAAUCAAUGGACAUUUACUUCUUUGUUCUUUUUUAAUUUCACGUGGAGCUGUAAUUGACGCGUUUGGUGGUGAAUUAGUGGCUACUCCUCUUAUGUGGGCUGCACGAAAUGGCAGGGUUUAUGUGGUUCAUUUACUUUUAAAACAUGGUGCUGAUCCUAAUUUAGUCGAUAGUCAAGGAUUCAAUACUCUUCAUCUUGCUACUCAUAGUAGUUCUGCACUUACUUUAGCUUACCUUUUGGCUUCUAAUCGAUUAUCUUCUGAUUCACUCGAAUCAACUGAUCCACAAGGUCAUACUGCUUUACAUUGGGCUUGUUAUCAGGGUGAUACACUGUCUGUUAACUUACUUCUUGCUCAUCGAUCUAGUGUCGCAGCCAAGGAUUCGACUGGGAUGACACCUUUACAUUGGGCUGUUGUCAAAGGAAACGCAAGUUGUAUCAAACAAAUCGUUUUAGGUGGUGCAGAUGUUCACGCUCGUACGAUCGAAGGAAAAACACCCAAGGAAAUGGCAGAUGAAUUAAAAUCAAUCUCAGCAUGGACUAAAGCUUUAGGAGAAGUAGGACUUGAACCUAAUGGGAUUCCACGACAUUUAACACUUUCACCUUUUAAGACAAAGCUUGCCAUUUAUAUCUUAUCAACUCUUACUCUUGGACUCGCUUUCAAUACCUUUGAAUCUUUACCUUGGGUUAGUGCUUGGCUAUUGGCUUUAGCUGAAGGUUAUGGAUUACAUCAUGUAGUUAGUGUGACACUUUUAGAUGCUAAAAGACGUGGUGGUGGAUCUACUGGGGAUAUUAUCACUCGAAGUCCUUAUUUCAAUAGCGUCAUUGUGGCUAGCAUCUUCUGGGUUUCUUAUACUUGGCUCACAAGACUUGUUCGCAAUACCCCUGGUUACGCUGCUACAAAUCUCUUUUUUGCUUUAUCCUGCUUAAUUUGCAUGUAUAAUCUAUUUAGAGCUGUUUCACUUGAUCCUGGUUUUAUACCACUUCCUAGAGGUGAAGGUGAAUUAAAUCGAGUUGUAGAAGGACUUGUUGAAUCGGGUAAAUUUGAUGGUACUCAUUUUUGUAUCACUUGUCAAGCUCGUAGACCUCUAAGGAGCAAGCAUUGUCGUUUGUGUAAUCGAUGUACAGCAAAGUUUGAUCACCAUUGUCCAUGGAUUUGGAAUUGUGUGGGUGUGAAGAACCAUCGACAGUUUUUGGUCUUUGUCGCAAGCUUGAUUUCAGGCAUUUCAUGUUAUAUAGUCCUCGCCUAUGCAUACCUAUCAGAAGCGCCAGUAUUACCAACAACAGAAUCAGCAGAAUUACCAGCCUCAUGUUCAAUCUCCAUACUGCUUUGUCAAAUCUCAUCAUUUGAUACAUUUACGUUUUCAGUAACUGUAUGGUCAGCCAUUCAAUUAACAUGGACCAUAGUUUUAUUAUUAUCACAACUUUGGCAAAUCAGUCGACAAAUGACGACAUUUGAAUUAAGUAAUUAUUCUAAAUUUGGGUAUAUGGGAGGUAGAGGUGGUUCUAGUUUAUCUUCUCAAUCUUCACAUUCACAUUCUCAUUUAAAUCAUCAAGAAGCCAUCUCAAGUUUAAAAGCUCAAGUGAUUGAAGAACCUAAUUGUAAGAAACAUCAUCAACAUGGGAUUAAAGGAAAGAUGGGAUUCUGUUUAAAGAUCAUUGGGUUAGAUCAAUUGGUUCAAGGAAAGGGUGCUAAGAAUUUAGUGAAAGCUGGGAAAGUUAAGAAUCCAUUUAAUAAAGGGAUUAAGAGGAAUUGUUAUGAUUUUUGGAGUAAUGGAAAUGAAUUAGGUGUGGAUUAUUUAGAAUUAUUUGAUGUCCCUGAUGGUGGAUUCAAGACUAAAGAUCAAAGGAAAAGUAGGAAAGGUGGAUAUGAAAGGGUUGCAAUGGACAUUGUUUAAUGAGUAGUGAUUUUUUUAUGAAUUUGAAUGAUAAUGAUGAUGAUGAUGAAUGUGGACACAUUGAAAGUUUUCUAUUUUGGUGAUCGAGAUAUCAUCUUUUGUUUUCCAGUUGUGAUUAUUAAUUGAUUGAGUGAUUGAUUGAAAUGGGGUUUUUGUAUUGAUGUUGAUUAUUUAUUGUCGUUUUUUUUCGUUAUCGUUUGAUUGAUUGAGGAAUAUUUUUGAGAUGUUUCUGAUGUUGAUUCAUCAUAGGUUUUUUGUAGACCAUGAUUUGUUUGGGUUGUGUUAAUCAAGUUUCCAUACUAUGGU